AUGGUUCACGACAAAUACUAUAAGAAUGACGAUAAUCAGGAGUUUAGGACAGCAUCAGCUUCUCAUCCUCUUUUGCAGCAUCAUCCUCAAACAAUGAAAGUCCCAACAGCAUCCAUCCUAGCAACGUUAAUGGCUGCUACAGCUGUUAUUGCCGCACCGACAACGUCCCUCGAAAAACGUAGUGGCGAUGGUAGUGUGCAUCUCGCUUCCAAUGAUGAUAUGGCCAUCCAGAAGCAUUACCUCCAAUUGUCAUACUCAGCGUAUUGCUCAUCCGUUAUUCCUGGUGGUGAUUUGGAGAGCUGCCCCUAUUGUGAUGCCUUUGAUAGCAUCAAGUUGAUCAAAACGUUCAAGACAAAGAAAUACGAUACCAAUGCCAUGGUUGUAAGAGAUGACGAACGCAAGGAGGUGGUAGCUGUCUUUAGAGGAACCGAUUCAAUCAGAGGCUGGAUAGCAGAUUUCACUGCUCUCCCCGUGUCUUAUCCUCCUGUCAAAGGCGCUUAUGUCCACAAAGGCUUUUAUGCUACCUAUAUGGAUGUCGCUGAUGAGAUCACCUCUGUUGUUCUGGAUCAAGCCAAAAAGUACCCAGACUACAAUAUCGCUGUUACUGGACACUCGCUUGGUGGUGCCACGUCCAUGUUGGGUGCCAUGGAUCUUUAUCAGCGUGGUGUACCAGCACAUAAACUCAAGCUUUAUACCCAAGGCGGUCCUCGUGUUGGUAACAAGGCAUUUGCAGAAUACGUUCUAAGCACCAAGAUUCCUGUAACAAGGCUCAUCAACAAAAUGGAUUCUGUUCCCCAUGUACCCCACAAAUUUGCUGGCUUUAGACAUCCUGGUGAAGAGUAUUGGAUCAAAUCAAAUAACACCACACGCGUGUGUGCUAAUGGCUUGGAGACCCGCAAGUGCUCGGAUUCAGUAGAGCUUAUUGCUCUCAGCUUUUAUGAUCAUAAUGACUACUUCGGUUUGCAUACCGAAAUGCAUUCUUGCCUCGGCUCCAACAACUAA